AUGGACGAUCGGCUCAGCGAACUUCCCGAACACCUCCUCCACCGCAUCCUCUCCUUCGUCGACUCCAAAACCACCGUCGAAACAAACCUCCUCUCCCGCCGUUGGAGAUCCGUCUGGAAAGGCGUCCCUGCCCUCAAUAUCAACAGGCGUUCCUUCCACAGCUUCCCUACCUUCACCCAAUUCGUCUCCCACGUCCUCUCCCGCCGUCACGAUUCCGCCGGGAUCGAGGAGAUCACCUUCCGAUUGGACACGUGGCCCAGCCCGUUCACCGAGGCGGGGUUGAUGUACGGGAGGCUCUUCGACUACGCCGCGUCGCACGGGAACCUCCUACGCUUGCGCACAGUCGAUUGCUACCCAGAACAUGUCUGGAAGCGCUUUGUACCGAAGGCGUACGCUUUCAGAACUCUCGUCACUCUGCACCUGGAGGGUUGCGAUGCGUAUGGUGGUCAGAUGUUGACCGACCGGGGCAGCGGCCGGGUCGACCCGUUCGCGGGUUUCCCCUGCCUGAGGGAUUUAACCUUGGUGCGGUGGUACUGGGUGGUUGACGACAGCGGCUUCAAGGCUUCCGUGAGAAUCUCCGGGAUCCAAUUGCGGAAUCUCACCGUUGAAUACGUCGAGCCAGAGGUGGAAAUAUUCGCACCGAAUCUCGAGUCCUUGUGCUACAAGGAUGUGGUGUGGCGUUCGGGGUUUGGUGACGCACAUUAUAUGCCUUCCCUCGAUCGCGCUUGUGUCCGGAUCUCCGGCCAUCGUCAUCUUGCCAUUCCGGAGAAUCGGGAUUCGGCUUGGUUGAUAACUCCGGUGGCGGUGAGGGAGGCCGCUGGGAGUUUGAUGAAAUUGUUUCAAGGGUUGCACAGUGCAAGAAAACUUGAACUACAUUUGGAUACCGUCAAGCGCUACCCUAUCAAAUGGCCACCCAUGGUUGAAGAAGCAAAAUUGGAAAUAAUGAAGAAGGGUUAACUCAAUGAGGUGAAGGUCGUUUGAAGUAUGAUCUCUUCAUUUUUGAAUAGUGUCCAAACCCAUUUUAGUAUGGGCUAAAUUAGGUUUGAGUUAUUUGACUUUUGAGGCAGGUUUAUACCUCAAUUUUUUGGUUUGUCUCUAAAUUGGAUUAAGUGUAUUACAUGUUUGUUCAUUCGGUUUAUCAAUUUUUUUA